AUGGCUGAUAAUGAGCGUGUCGCCGAGGUAAGAUGUCUUGCCGGAGCGCACUUUUCCACCAGGCCGCAGCAGGCGGAGUCCGACGACCUACUUCUCGAGCAGCUGUCGGCGCUGUCUGUACACAUGCAGCAGCAGCUGCGACAGCAGGAGCAGCAACAGCAGCAGCAACAGCAGCAACAGCAGCAACAGCAGCAACAGCAGCAACAGCAGCAGCAGCAGCAGCAGCAGCAGCAGCAGCAGCAGCAGCAGCAGCAGCAGCAGCAGCAGCAGCAGCAGCAGCAGCAGCAGCAGCAGCAGCAGCAGCAGCAGCAGCAGCAGCAGCAGCAACAGCAGCAACAGCAGCAGCAGCAACAACAAGAACAACAGCAGCAGCUGUGCGAGGAAACGUCUCGACAUUCACAAUCGCAACCGCCGCAAUUCCCUCUCAGCACGCCGCCGGAACCACCCUCUAAGAUUGAAUCCCAAACACCGCUCUCCUCUCUGCACCCUCCCACUUCCUUAAUUCCGCGCCACGCGGACGAUAUCUUCGCUUCACCUCCGCAUCUCCGUGCAUGCAUGAGCCAGCCCUCUCUCUUGCCCUCCGACGCCUCUUUCUCCCCCCAGCUCUCCGCAUCACCUCACAACCAGCUCGCGCGCCUUCACCCGCACACACCUCCGCAACCCCACUUCCGCGCAACCCCGUUUGCGCGAAUUGAGCACGACGGGACUCCGCUCCUCAAUUGGAGCUCCGAGGCCCCAAUUCCGCAUAUCCCCGGCCCCGCGCCACCGCCUGCACCGGGCGAUGGAGCGCCGAAUGCCUCUAUCGCGCACGCCUUUCCGCCCAUCCAGGGCUUCGUAUCUCCUACGACUCUUCACUCGCCUCGUCACUUGCAAUAUCUCAACCCGCCUCACCACCGCCAGUCACGCUCGCCGCACGAUAAUCCUCCUUCGAGUUGUUUUCAGCCGCACGAUCAUGAUGGAGAGGCGGAGCCGCGGCUUAUCAAGAUGGGCUCCGACCCCGGCAGCUGUAGCAGCGGCGGUUGCGGCGGGGGAUGCGGGAACGGCGGCGGAGGCAUUUGCUGCUGCAGCACGAGCAGCGGCGGCGGCAGCGGGGCUAGCGGGGAGGCGCAGCUAUGGGCAGAACACUGGGGCGGGGGAGAAUGCGGGCCGCGGAAGGGGAUUCGCCGAGUGCAGUCGGAGGUGCCCUUUGCGCCAUCGGCGGAACAGCGCCAGGCCUCCAUAGGCGGGCACUUCUACGCGGAACGACCUGGCGGCGCUGCGGGCGCGGGGGGAGAAUUCGCGCGCGCUGGCGGAAUGGCGAGGCGAGGUGCGGGGGAAGAUUCGGGGAGGAACGCGGGGAUGUUCGGUCCGCAGCCCCUGACGAGCUUCGGCGGAGCGGGGUUUCUCCAGACCGUUGAAUCGUCCUCGCUAUCGCUCUCCCUCUCCCGCUCCUGCAGCAGCCUGGGCGUCGCAAGUGACAGCGCAGAGGGCGGCGGCAGCGGCAGCGGCAGCGGCAUUGAGAGAGGGGAGAGGGAUAGCGAGGCGGACAUGGAAGCGGAGUCGACGUUUAAGCCGCUGCCCCGCCGCAAGCUGCCGUCCCUCGCUUCUGCUUCUGCUGCUUCUUCUGCUGAUGCUGUCGCUGGUGCUGGUGACGGUGCUUCUGGCGCUGGGCUUACGAGACAGAAGGGGCUGUCGGCAUUCAUAGGGGGCAAAUCGCGCUCCUUCACGUCGCUCGCUGACGUGGCAGCCAUCCGCUCCAUGAGCGAACUCGCCAAGCCGCUGCGCCGCACGCCGCUGCACACGCGCGCGCUGCACCUCUCCGCGCGCCACCGCCGCCAGCGCCAGCGCAGCAGCCCGCACGCGCACGCGCACGCGCACGCCCGCGCAUAUGCUGACGCCCACGCGCACUCCCGCGGCGCCCCCUCGUCCUCCUCGUCUCCUUUCUCGUCGUCGCUACCUCCGCUCGCGUCGUCCUUCCCCGUCCCUGGCGGCGUAACCGGCAGGCGCCCAGCGGGAGGCAUCAGCAAGCGCACAGCAGCGCCGCUACAGCCGUGCGCCACGCUGGCGCUGGCUGUAGCCCUAGGGGGACUGGGGGACCUGGGGGGCGUGGGGGAACCGGGGGGAUUAAGGGGGUUGGGGGAGUUGGGGGAGGCUGGAGGGCUUGAGUGCGGCGGGUGGGAUGCCAACAGGGGGGAAGCGGCAGCAGGGGGAUUGAGGGCGGGUGGCGGUGGUGGUGCUGCAGCCGGGUUUAGGGGGAGUGGAGGAGGAGCAGCAGCAGUUGCUGCUGCUGGAGGGAUAUGCGGUGGGAUGAUGGGAUUGGGAGGUGGUGAGUGGGAGGUGAGGGAUAUGUGUAGAAUGGAGACUGUUCCAGAGUAA